CGCGCGAGGGGAGUCAGUGCCAAAGGGUCAUUGUAGCGCGCCACUGCUGAGAUGGAAGGACUGUAGGGAAUCCUAAACUAAAGAGCCACCAUUUGAACCCAGAUGAUAUAAUUAUAUCAUUAAAAUUAAAGAAAAGGAGAGGAGUUAAAUAGGUGACAACAUCCAUCACUGGUGGAGUGCUCCGUAGGCUACUUAAUCUGUCACCGCGGUCGCUGCAGAAGCGGACAGUCCAGGAUUUUUUCCCUUUCCUUUUCCUUUUUGGUUAAUCUGCAAAAGCUCACUUUACCGGCGCACUCAUUAGCUCAUCGGUCGUCUACAGACGCUUCCUUGCUAAAACUACACUUUUUUGGCGUCCUUAAUCCAAGUGUUGCUUCCUCUGAGGCGCAGCAGGACACCGUGGACUGAGCGGUCCUCCAUCCUUAUCGCGCUGCUGUCCGACUGGUGAUCUUUCCAAAAAAACAGAAAAAGUAAAAGAAAGACGAGUUCCAGCUAAAGACUGUGAAAAGCAGCAGGGGAAUACAAAAGGGAGCGGGAAGUCGGGGACCUGUGAUCCAGAGAGGACCGACACCACGGUCCAAGCCGACUCCAAGUGCCGUUCACCGGGCGAUGCCAGAGUAGAUGCCGGGGCAAUGUCCCGCCGCAAGCAGGUGAACCCGCAGCACUUAUCGUUGACGCACAGGGAGACAAUACAAGCAGAGGCCAAUCAUGACUCAGGGGCAGGAUCUCCAUCUCCUGAGCUGUCCACCCCGAGCCCUCGGAGGAGAGCAUCUGGAGAGCAUGACCUCUUGACCUGCGGCCAGUGCCAGACUAACUUCCCUCUGGGUGAUAUCCUGGUUUUCAUCGAGCACAAGCGCCGUCUGUGCCGGGGGCCCAUUGGCGGACUGAGGUCCUUCUCCAAACCUGGGGAAGCUGGUGGGGUUAUGGGCCUUCCUAUCUCUCCGAGGGUCAGGUCACUGGAGCUGGGAAGAGGGGCUGUUCCGGUGGAAGUGGGCGUCCAGGUGACCCCAGGAGGGGAGGAGGAUCAGGAGAGGAGGCUGACCCCAGCCAAAGGGAUCUGCCCGAAACAAGAGAGAGGAGAAAAAGAUGAGCCAUCCAGCUACAUCUGUACUACGUGUAAGCAGACCUUCACCAGUGCCUGGUUUCUGCUUCAGCACGCCCAGCACACUCAUGGCAUCCGCAUCUACCUGGACAACCACCCAGUCAACUGCUCCCUCACUCCCCGCAUGGCUCUUCCUCCACCCCCAGGAGCUGACGCCUUGCCCCGUUCCCCUCUCCCCACUUUCCUCGGUGAUGCCAACAACCCAUUCCACCUCCUCCGCAUGGCUGCACCCCAGCUCAGGGAUCACCCCCAUCCUCCGGGUUACAUGGAGACGCGGCUGCCCGCGACACCACCCUUUGUCAGCCCACCGCCUCCCCCAAGACCACCUCGUGAGCGGCUGGGCCCAGAGGAAAUGGGGUUGCUGUCACAGCACCCCAGUGCCUUCGAGAGGGUGAUGCGAAUGACCCCCAUGGAGCCCCCGCCCAUGGACUUCUCCCGUCGGCUGAGGGAACUGGCAGGCAACACAACCAACAACGGUGGACCCACGCCUCCUCUCUCACCCAACCGUGUGCCACCCAUGCAUCGCCUCCUGAGUCCCACGCUUUUCCAGCCUGGAUCCCAGCUCCCGGCGUUUCUUACCUAUCCCCCUCAGCCACCCACCUCUCAGGGGGGACACGGCUCUUCGAGCCCUCCAGACACACAGGGUCAGAACCAGGCCCCGGGGAAAUCGAAAUCCUGCGAGUUCUGCGGCAAGAUUUUCAAGUUCCAGAGCAACCUGAUCGUCCACAGACGCAGUCACACAGGUGAGAGGCCGUACAAGUGCCAUUUAUGUGAUCACGCCUGCUCCCAGGCCAGCAAGCUUAAAAGGCACAUGAAGACACAUAUGCACAACAAGUCUGGGGCCAUAACCGGCUCACCAGAACAGGGAAAUAGAGGCGAGGGGGGAGAGGGUGAAGAGAAGAAUAGGGAGGGAGAUGCAAGAGGAAUGGGGAUGGACAAUGAGGAGGAGGAGGAAGAAGAGGAAGAAGAAGAGGAGGAGGAAGAGGAAGAGGAGGAAGAACUGCAAAAUGGCAGUCGGCCAGAUUCCAACUUAAGCGAGGACUCCCAAGAGUUCACCCAGAACAGAGAAAAUGGCUCGAGACAGUCUCCCAGUGAGAAGCCCCCGAGUGGGGAUAGAGUAAAUGACAGUGGCGGGGUGGGCAUCAUGCACCCCUACAACCAUCUGGACAAUCACCUUAGACUUAACCCUAACAAGAGAAGCUUGGAGAGACAACCUAACGGCGACGGCGGAGAGGGGGUUGAAGGAGAACGCGAAAGAGAAAAUGAGAGGGAACCUGACAGACAGCGAGAGGAGCAGGAGGACCAGAGGCCUGUGAUGAAUGGCAGAAUCAGCGUAUCUGAAGCAGAGUGCUUUCCCGGGCUGUUCCAGAGGCGGCCCACCCCCAUCACCAGCCCGAGCCCCUCCAACAACAAGAGGAUCAAGAUAGAGAAAGAACAGCUGGAGAUUCCCCCGACCAUACCUCUCAUUUCCCCAGAAAACGUCUACUCUCAGCUGCUGGCUGGCUACGCUGCUUCGCGCCACUUCAUCAGAGAACCUUUCUUGGGAUUCACUGACUCCCGUCAGUCGCCGUUUGCCACCUCCUCGGAGCACUCCUCUUCAGAAACGGGAAGCCUCCGCUUCUCCACCCCACCUGGGGAGCUAAUGGAAGGCGGGAGUGCCUCAGGGCGCAGUGGCAGCAGCACCCCACACCUCCUGCGGGGACCCGGACCUGGCAGGCCUCCAAGCUCCAAAGAGAGGAGGAACGACACCUGUGAGUUCUGCGGCAAGGUGUUCAAGAACUGCAGCAACCUCACGGUGCACCGACGCAGCCACACGGGGGAACGGCCCUACAAGUGUGACCUGUGCAGCUACGCCUGCGCCCAGAGCUCCAAGCUGACGCGCCAUAUGAAGACCCACGGGCAAUAUGGAAAAGAGGUAUACCGUUGCGACAUCUGCCACAUGCCCUUCAGUGUCUACAGCACACUGGAGAAACACAUGAAGAAAUGGCAUGGUGAACACUUGAUGGCCAGUGAGGUCAAAUUGGAGCAAGCGGACAGAAGUUAAGCCAGCAACCAUUAGUUACACAGCAUACAGUGUACCCAAACACUCUCUCUCUCACACACACACACACACACACACACACACACACACACACACACACAUACACACAAAAAGAAUCCUUAUAACCAAUUUUUCUUCUGCAAUGGGGCUUGGCUGGAUAAUGUCUCUAGAAAAUCUUUUGAGAAUGAUUGAUGUUCAUCCUUUUUUCUUUCUUCUUUUUUUCCUCGUCACAGAAACUGCCACCUGAGAAUAUAAACAAAGGGAAACUUUAAUGAGAACUUGCCUAGAAUGCCUAACUAGGUGUUUCUUGGCAAACCGUCUGAGGAUUUUAUCAGUUAGGAAUCCAUGGAGCCUUUCUACUGUGCAAUAAUUUCUGUAUUUAUUGGAUUUUUGUAAUGAUAUUUGGCAUGUGCAGGUACAUCUUUGUGGGAUUUCAUAUGGAGUUAGUUUUGAA